AAGCAGCGUGGGUUCGGUGCAGUGUUGACGUACUGCCCAGGUGACCGUGAUGUCAGGGGCUUCUGUGGUUCUGGAUUCGGCUGGACAAGAUGGCGGCCUCCACAGGAAUUAAAGUUCCUCGUAAUUUCUGCUUGUUGGAAGAGCUUGAAGAUGGACAGAAAGGAGUAGGUGAUGGUACUGUCAGUUGGGGCCUUGAAGAUGAUGAAGAUAUGACACUUACCAGAUGGACAGGAAUGAUCAUUGGACCACCAAGGACUAACUAUGAAAACAGAAUAUACAGUCUCAAAGUAGAGUGCGGACCUAAAUAUCCAGAAGUACCACCAACUCUUAGAUUUGUAACAAAAAUUAGUAUGAAUGGAAUAAACAAUUCCAAUGGAAUGGUGGAUUCACGUAGCAUACCAGUUCUAGCUAAAUGGCAAAACUCCUAUAGUAUUAAAGUUGUACUUCAAGAGCUAAGGCGUCUAAUGAUGUCCAAAGAGAAUAUGAAGCUUCCGCAGCCACCUGAAGGACAGACGUACAGCAAUUAAUUCUAAUAGAUUGUUAUAACCCUCUGUCUUAAAACCUUAUUCUCCUAAAAUGACAUGUACAUUUUCACAAUGCUUACCACCCACACACAAUUUCAUUAGGGGGUGCAGGAGUGGGACAUUUGAAAAAGUGAAAGUAUUUGACAUUAUGUGAGGCAUAGUUUAAAGUAAAAAAAUUAGAACGGCACAAAUUUAUUAUUUUUCUUUAAUCAAGGCACUGUUUGUGGAACAUAAGCUUGAAGUAUGUUGUAUGUGAAAACUUAAGUCAGGCUUUUACUAGGAGAAAAAGUGUGAUCUGAAAGUUUAAGGUCAUUGCAGAGCUGUAUAUAUAUAUUAAGUUAAAAAUACUGGUAAACAGAAAUAGGAUGUGUAAUAUAUAAUGGCAUGCUUAAAAAAAACAUCUUAAUAAAAUAGAGCUGCAAAAAAAAAAAAAUUGUUGGUGAAAUCUAGCAGGUACACUGAAAUAUGUUGCUGAUAUUGUUAAUUAAUAUUAGAAGUGUGGGUGUAGACUACUAGUAGUGUCACAAUGUUUUAAGGGUUGUUUUUGAUACCUUUAUUCAUGACAAUUAAUUUCUGUAAAGCAACUCUUGUGUGACAUGUAAUAGACAUUGCAAAUAUUUGUUUACAGUCUUUGUUCUACUAAAACUUGCAUUUAACUUUUUGUGAAAAAAAGUAAUAAAGACAAUAGGUGUAUGGAACUGUGAUUUUUCUGAGAUGCAAGUAUGGAUGUUCUUUUUGACACCUCGUUCAGAUUCUGAGAAUUCCUUUUUCUACAUUUCUGAAAGACUUGUAGACCAGGAAGAUGUUUUUGUUGCAAUUGUAAUGCAUCCAGCUUCAAGUUCAGCUGCAUGCAGUAUUGUCAUGGAGAUGUAGUGAAAAUGUGGAAGUUGAACCUACAAUUGCCAGACUGACACAUUUCCCCUAGUAUAUUGACUCCCAGAGAUCAAACAUAAUAAAUAAAAUAUAUACCGGUAAAUGCAUUAGUCUGGCUCUGAUAUGAAAUGUAAGAUAAUAAUGAUACACAUUUUAUUAUGUGCCGUUCAGGUUUUUUGUUUUUAGUCGUGUCCCCCCC